AUGAAGCUCCAAACCAUUACUCAACUCGUUUCGUUCCUGUGCUUUUCAUCAAUGGUUUCUGCGGUACAAAAAUAUACAUGUUUCGGUCAAGAUAUCAAUUGGAAGGACAUUCAAACGGGUCUUAAAGCUUUGAAAAAACCAAGUGCGAAUCAAGAUAAAGCGUCCAUACCUAAUCUAUACUAUGGAGAAAAUUUUAAUGGCUAUAUUUCUAGAAUUCCUCUAAAAAAUUACAAUAAUGAUAGAGGACGAUAUCCUCCAUAUUUUUCGUUUAUGGAUGAAGGAAAUAAUCUUUUAGGCGUUGUGAUGUAUUCAGAUGGUCACUACUAUCAAUGUUCGCCAAGAUUGCCGGUGGAAAUAAAUGAAUAUUCCGACUAA